GCGACACCAGCUACCGGCGCGCAAACCCCCGAUCCAUUGCUGGGCCAGAGUGCUAGGAACCACACCGUGGACGCGGGUACGCUGGCGCAGAGCGUCUCUCGCAUGCAAAACCCUGAGAAUGAAUCCUACGAGCUCGAGCAUCGCCGACGAAAGCCAUCGCACGCUGCGAUCACAGACACCAUCGAUACAGUUACAUCCACGGGCGCAGGCGCAAAUGAAGCCGGCACACCAUCGCCACCAAGCGGAUCGGGCGUCCCCCCAGAACUACGCAGUUUCACCUCCGAGAUAAUCCUAAUCAUGGUCUGCUCAGCCGGACUCAUGUUCUUCUCGUUCCUGUUAGGCGAUAUACUUGUGGUGCAGCAACAAUUCCGGGCUGCGCUGGGAAUCAAAAACACCGAACUCCCAUGGCUGGUCGGCGCGUUCAACGUCGCUAAUGGCUUGUCGGUCGUGGUCUCAGGAUCCCUGACGGACCUUACACCGCCGAAACUGCUGAUGGUGGGUGCGUUUGCGUGGCUGAUGGUGUGGAACAUUGUGGGUGCGUUCUCGCUGCAUCCGUCGCGGUAUGUGUUGUUUUUUGUGAUGCGUGCAAUGCAGGGGCUUGCCAUUGGCGUGCUUGUCUCGGGAAGUAUGAGCAUCCUGGGCCGUGUGUAUAAGCCUGGGAUUCGCAAGAAUAGGGUAUUCUCGGCCAUGUCGGCGACAGCGCCGUUCGGGUUCUCGCUGGGAGCGCUGCAGGGGGGUGCAUUGAAGGCGCAUCUGCCGUGGAUCUUCGGGACCAAUGCCAUUCUCACAGGAUUAUGCUGCAUUGCUGCAUACUUUACAAUCCCUGAUCUGCGACCAGUCGCCGACUCCGCAGACAAAGAAGCGCCCACGCUACGCCAAUUCGAUUGGGUCGGCGCACUCCUCGCGGUCGUGGGAUGCGUGUGCCUCCUCUUCGGCCUAACACAGGGCUCCGUGACCUCCUGGUCCCCAUACACCUACGCCAUGGUAGUCGUCGGCAUCUUCGCACUCGUCGGCUUCUUCUUCUAUGAAUCCCGCGUCGCCCGUCCCCUAAUCCCAACAACCCUCUGGAAAACAAAAGGUUUCACCCCGCUCAUGAUCGCAUACUUCCUGGGAUUUGGGUCGUACUUUGGCGCGUGGCAAUUCUACGCCAUCCAAUUCUGGCUGCGCAUUCAACACGCUACACCCAUCGCAGUGGCCCUGUACCACAUCCCCAACGCUGUCGUCGGCGUGCUCGCAACCUGGCUCGUCAGCCGCACCUUGCACAUCCUCCCGGGCCACUACAUCUACGCAACCUCCAUGAUCGCAUUCACCAUGGGUCCGGCGUUCUUCCUCCCGCAAACCCCCAACACAAUCUACUGGGCCCUCUCCUUCCCAGGCGUAGCACUAGUAACCUUCGGCCCCGACCUCGCCUUCGCAGCAGCCUCGAUCUUCAUCACGAGCAACGUAAGGCGCUCCUACCAAGGCAGCGCGGGGAGUCUCCUGGUUACCAAUCAGAAUCUUUCCUCUGCGAUAUUAACCAGUGUGGCUGAUGCAAUCGGGGCGAGGGUGGAUAUGGGUCCGACGGGGGAGAUCGGGUUGAAGGGGUUACGGGCGAUUUGGUGGUUUGCGCUGGCGACGCAGUUGACUGCUGCUUUGAUUACGGUGGUUUGGGUAAGGAUUCCGAAGGAGGAAGAGAAGGAGCAUGUUACUUAA